AUGGAAUCUUCAUUCCCUGUUAUGAUGGAGUCCACCGAUCGCUCGAGCCGUGGGGAGCUCGGCGGGCCGCAAAUGGUCAUCCAACAAUAUGCGCGAUAUCCCCCGACCUUGGAAUCGACUUUACGGAGCGCUUCCUCUUUAGGAAGUGCUCGUAGCCAGGUAGAUACCAACAAGUCGCCUCCUCUACAACGAAGAGAAACCCCCAGAAGCUUACAAUCUUCUCCGAGGGGCAUACGUUCCGGCCUGCCCCCAUCAUCAGCCAAUCGCUCUGGUACAUCUAUGUCCCCACCAGCUUUUGAACCUCAUCGUCACCAGCCGAUGAAGGAUUCCACGGACCAAGCAGAUUCUCGUGUCCUUCCGUCACGGGACAUCACUGAUGAGACAAUUGAUGAUGCCUAUGUGUCUUUCAUCUUGUACUGCAAUCCUAAUGUUCCAUCCUCGGUUGACACAUCAGAACUUCGAAAAACAUUCCGAUGCUUGCCACGUAGCGAUGGGAAGAGUUUUAAUAUCUUUACUUUAUAUGGGCUCAUCCGAAGGCGACUUCAGAAUGAAGAGUUGAAGACAUGGAUUCAACUAGCAAUUGAGUUAGGCGUGGAACCACCUUGUCUUGAGAAGAAACAAAGCACUCAAAAAGUUCAACAGUACACUGUUCGACUGAAACGUUGGAUGCGUGCUAUGCACAUAGAUGCUUUUUUUGAAUAUUGUAUGGGCUUGCCCCAUGUUUAUUAUACCCAGCUUCCGCCAUCUGGUCCUUUCGUCAGUGAAUCUCGCGAUGGUGUGGCAUUGGAAGAGGAUCUCGCACUGCGGGCACUUGUGCCACAAUGGAAGCCAAAACGCGGACGGAAAAGGGUUGAAGAUAGGUAUGCCGAGGAAGACAAAAUAGUCAAACGACCCCAGUUGGAUACGUCCGUUGGCGCCCUACAACAGGGCAGCUUUCAGCCUCAUUCCGUGACAUUCCCACAGAGUGCGAUUCCAUUCAGUGCAUUCCCUGAUGACAUGGAGUCAAAUGAUCCCUGGAUGGCGGCCACUUCCUCCUUUCCAAAUGGAUCUGGGUCCGAGCAACAAGGUCAAGAUCUCCGCUGGAGGCUUCCUGAACGGGAUACCUCUCCGUCUAGUUAUCCUCAGUCUGCCAUUGUUCCACGCAACAGUCUACCAUCAGAUGUCCUCAUGUCUGCCGAACCCCGAUCGGCUGUUACUCCGUCAACUGGUGAAAAGAGCCGCUCAAGGAGGAGACAUGGACCUGCAGUUUCAUCUGCUUGGCCAAACAGCAACGGAUUGUCCACUGGGAAGGGUCGAGGAAGACCACCGAACAAAGGGUCAUCAUCGGGAUCCUUUUCCACAUUCCAGAUCAAUCCCAGCCGGGAAUCAUCACAGGCCCCUCACACUGAUACACAGCCUCUUGCACAUUCUCUUGACACGAAUACCUCUCAACCUUUUCAGACUCCGCCUUACAAUCAAACCCCGACACCCAUCGCGCAAGGGCGACCUAAUAAACUUCAGUUGCAGGUUCCUCAACAUUCGGGGGCCCCAGUCCGACUCGCAACGCCACCAAGACUUGUAGUAAACGGUAUCAAUGGCGCCGUGGUUGCUGGAUCGGAAGGCUCCAUAAGCUCCCGCCAGCAUCCCACAACGGAUACUUCGAACAACAGCAUCCCUAGCCAAACAUCUUCCAGUGGCCCCAACAAUGCCAAGACUGUCCCAAAUCCUUCCAUCGACGAGAUUGUUCAGGCACUUUCUGCAGAGCUUCUUCGUGCGAGACUCACGGGGCGUGCGGCAGCCCUCAGUCCCGAUGAGGCUAGCUCUUUGGCUUCGGCAAUCGUGAUCAACCUCUCUUCACUAUAUUCACAGUUCCAAAUUGGUACUCCUUCUCUGCUUCUCGCCUUUCAUCUAGGUAUUGGUCAUCAUUUUGGAUUUACGGGGACCAAUCCAAGUUCACUGGCUAUCAAUGUUGAGCGUGUCAUGCCAAGCAACGAUGGAAGUAGAGAUCCCCCUGGCUCUCAUGGGUCGUUUGGUGGGGCUUAUUAUACCAUCUCCCAUGAGUACAAAACAUCGGGCCAAUUUUCAAUGCAAAUAAUGCUCGCAAAUGUCAAUCCUAAUAUAGGGGGGACCGGGGGCUCUAAUCAUCCUAGCGUGACCAUGGUCCCGAGUCAUAAAAGUAUUGACCACAACAAGCUAGUGGAACUGGAUUCGGAUGACGAUGAUCCCAGUCAACCUAUCUCCGAGGCGACAUGGAAACUGCGUUACACCAGGCUUCGGGCUCAGAUGCAGAAAAAGGAUCAAGCUUUGUCACAGUACAAGCGAAAGAUUGUGGAAUCUGUCAUGGCGGACAUAUAA